AUGGAGUCGGAACACAAGUAUGCGGAGCUACCAACGUAUGAGGACGUCGACGCCACGCCUGUUGAGGUGACCAUCACGCUGCCGUCACUGCCGUUCUUCUCUGUGGGGACAAGCAAUGGUGAGGGUGGAGAAGCAACAUCUCAGCAGGGUGGCCAUGAGCGGGAGCCCGCAGCCAUUCACGCCAAGAUCAGCCCCCAGUGCGAUCCAGAAGAAGUGGCGCGGCGAAUUCUCGAACAGUACAAACUGCCCGACCUCUGCCUGCCAUCUCUCGUCUGCGUCCUGGAAACGCACCAGCACACCCUCAGGCAGCAGCGCCUGGACGAGCGCGACGAUGCGCUGUCGCUCGCAGAAGCGAUGCACCCGACCAGUGCCAGUGAACACGACGAAGCAGAGACGCAGCAAGAAACAAGACACCAGCAAGCAGGCGAGGUUGAGAACGCAACAGCUGAUGGCCAACAAAUUGAGGAACAGCAGCAGCAACAACAACAGGCAGUGGUUAACGGAGCUGGAGAAACGAACGGCUUGGAAGAGGAUGAAGAGGCCAUCGCGCAGCAGUGGGCAGAUGCGUUUGCCAACAACUGCAAGGAGUUUCGUCACGCGCGAGACGUCGAAGGUGCAACAGAGACGUUUGAUGAGGAUGCCAUCAGCUUCAGCGAGCGCUUCCACGAACUCAUCCACUCCCCACUCCUCAACCAGCUGUUGCAGUUGGAGGAUGGCUAUGCAAGUUAUGUACAGGAGAUGAUCAGCAAACGGGACAGACUGAUGCAGAAGAAGGAGGAACAGCAACUCCGAGAGCAGGAGCAAGCGCUUGCCAAGCUCGAGCAAGGCCUCUCUGCUCGCGACAUCACCGACCUGGCACGACAGCACACGCAGGACAGAGAGACGCAUCUUGCGAACCUAAAUGCCGAGAUCAAAAUGCAAAAGGAGCUGCAGAAACGCGCAUUUCGGGACAUGGUGUUGGAGUUGAGUCGUGACACCGCGGACCCGGCAUCCAUUGCCGUUCCAAACAUUCCCCCGCCGUCAUUCGACAGCCGCGACGCAGACCAGGAGAAACCCAAACGAUCCCAGCAAAGCUCUCUGUUCAGCAAGUUCACAUUUGGGCGGAGUGGGAGCAGCAGCAACACGACGACGUCCGCAACGCAGCAGCAGAGAACGAUGCAGCGCUCACAGUCGAGCUCAUCGCAGAUCCCACAGGACCAACCGGAGCAGGAGCCGAUGAUUGAGUCCUUCACGGUCAUGUUGGGAACACAGAAGAAAGUCGAGCACAACCUGCGUCUCAUAUCAGGAAACAUCAUUGACACAUGCGGUGUGGAGGCGCACGCGCGAACGGCGAUGGAGUCAAAGGCGAAACGUUUGGCCACAGCCAUGUCGCUCUACUCGACAGAGCUGCGUGCGGUUGUUAUCAUUGUUGACACGCGUCUCAGCAGUUACAGCGGUGCAAAGGCGGAGUUUGCUGCCGUCUGCGAACGCUCCACGGAUUUGCAUUUUGCUGAGUUGCCGGAGCAGAUUGAGACUCUUCAGGUAGAUCUUAUGGCCACACACGACGGCGGUGUGCGCGGUCAGCUCUCACCAGGCGACUUCUACAUCACGCGCCACUCGAAUCUUGCGGACGCCCACGUCGUCUUCCACCUCGUCGCCGACGAUGAGGUGCUGCAAGACAACUUCAAUGGGCGAUCAAAAAUGCUGCUUGGACUUCGCAACAUCAUCCGCUGUAUGUUCCAGAACGACAUCCAGACCAUCACCCUCCCCCUCCUCCUCCUCCACUCCUACACCCCGGAAAUGGAUGACCGGUUCUGUGAGCGGCGCUGUGAACUGAUUCUGAAAACCAUCAAAGGAUUCAUCAUGGAAAACACCGCAUGGGGCCGUUCGAGCUCAAAGACGAUUCAGCUGAUGGUUCCAAAGGAAACAACACCGGAGCGGUUUGCGAUGUUCGUAGAGUUGACAUCGAGCAUCUUCAGGGAAACACGCAUGCUCUCAACAUAG